AUGCACCCUGAAUUGGAGGCAAACAGAACAGAGGAUGCAAAGAAAGAGGAGAAGGAACAAGAGAAGGGAGAUUUAUCAAAGAGGGAUACAACAUAUGCUGUAGGAAAAAUAAGAAGGAUGCAGGGAAGGAGAUAUGUCCAAACAUAUAUCCCUAAAGUACUAUCAAGUGGGAAGAUUGUUACUUAUCCACACAUAAGAAAUAACAAUAAGACCUCUUUUGAUACAGGGAAAAUUGCAGCCCCUACUCAAAAUCAUCUUGAUGUAUUAGGAAACCUCACAGAAGGAGAAAGUGACAAAGACAAGGGAACAGAUGAUAAAGACAAGGAGCUAACAAAGGAAACUAAGACACAAGUGCAUGAAAGAGAGAAAGAUAGGAUUGAAGAAUGUCCCUCUGCUGUUGAUGAAUCACAACCUAACAAGACCCUAAUUCAGGGUGUAAGUGCCAGUGAAGCUGAGGAGGACACUAUCACUAACUUUGACCAAGACUUAGGAUCUACUAGCUUGACAACAGACAAAAGGGAAAUGGAGUUUAAAAUGCAGAAGGAGGAUGACAGCUUGACAACAGAUAAAGAUGAUAAUCCUGAAAAGGUGAUGCAAGACACAUCUGCAAAUGCUGAAUAUGUGAUUAAAAAGGGAAUCAAUGUAGCUGAGGAGUACACUCUUUCAAACUAUGAACAUGAUCCACGAAGUAGCAGCUCCACAUCACAUAAAAAGGAUUUGGAGACUUAA